UUCACAAAGCCGAGAGGUAUUAUGGGAGUAACACUACUGCGCAUGCUAUGGGCCGCACAACCCGGAAAUAAACAAACUUGCGGCACAAACGUACGUUUUUUGACAGAAAAUACUGUCAGUAAGUAAAGUGGUGAUCGUUAUACACUGAGCGCACUCAGUUGUACGUGGCACACCUACUAUUUAUAGGUGACAAAAACGUGAUUGAUUUGUUUAUUCAUCGAUAGGGGUAAUACUGUCGGCAGGGUAGCAAUUUAAGUGCGUUGCCAAGCAACAAGCGUCAUCCAUAUAUGGUAAUAUAGUUGUCCUUUGAUACAUCAUUGUGACAUGAUCAGAUACAACAUGGACUUGCCCUACAUAUAAAGCUGACACCUGUCAUUCAGACACCAUUUGACGUCCACUUCAGAACAACAACUGAACAACUCAACCUCCAAGAAUCCACAAAUAUGCCUUCCAGCAUAGCCCAAUGGCCACCUUGCAGACCCGGAAAGAGGUUGAGAUUAAGGUUUAGCAAGAGAACAAGGCUCUGAAAGAAGAAGUGACCCUUCUUAAGCAAAAUGAGUUCAGUUAGAGCUUAAAAUAUGCGUAAAGAAGAAACACACUCACACUAUAUUUCUAUAUUUUAAACAUGCUGACUGAAAAAACCUAGCCAGCUGAAGAACAGCGAGGCCCACUGGGCAGCCAAGGUGGAAACCCUUUAUGCCAGCAUGGAAAAGUAGUCAGCUCAGAGAGAUAACAUAUGAAGGAGAAGGAUCAAGGAAGUUGAGAGGGAGAAGCCGGACUGGAAAAUGGCAGAGACCAGGACCAGCAGUCUGAUUUGCCAACUCAAGAACCAGCUUCAGCACCUGAAGAAAGAGGAGCACAGGCCUCCAAAGGUGGAGGGAGCCAAGGUCAACGAGCUGGAGGCCAGUUGUAAAGAAAAACUGCAUGACCUGAAUGCAGGCAUGGAGAAGGAGUUGGCUCUAAUAUAAUGUCUGGAGGAGCAAGGUAGAAGAGCUUGAGACAGAGAAGCAGCAACAUGCUGAGAGCUGGUAAAAGGGGCAGCAAGAAUGGAAGACUGCAGAAGCCAGCACCAACAGUCUGAUCUGCCAACUGAAGGACCAGCUUCAGGCACAAAUGACUCAGAAACUCCCCAACUCUUACCCCCACACACCUACCUUUUCUUUCUCUCCUUUCUUCAGUCCAUCCAAAAAGAAAAAAUAACUUCAUCCACACAUAAGUGUCUUCUGUUUCAUGCAGUAACCACUCACAAACAGAAGAGGUCAGUGUUGCACUGUUCUUGUAUUUUUUAGAGUAAUGGUUAGAUUCAGACUGAGGACAGGAGAUGCCACAUUUUUAGGUUGGGAUCAGUGGAGAGCUGCAGCCCUGCAGCUGCAGGACCUGACUCAUGGACACAUCAGCAGGACAGUGCUCACUGCUCAGCAGAGCACUUGUCAUGAGGUGUUGAAGCAAACACAUGCAGCUAGUGAGACUGUCACUACUACCUCAUAUAACAUUCUGAAAAGUCAGAAUUUGUAAAAAAAAAACACAUAAAUGUUACUUAAACUAAAUCUUUAGUACUCUGGAGCGAAGAAACCAAGUGCGAAAAUGAUAUUUGUGGUGGCCUUAAUCCAAACAACAUCAUUUGUUACUGAUACUCUGCUUGCCUGUGUUUUUAUAACCCAUAUGAUGUAUUGAUUUAGUAUAAGUGUUUUAAAGCCAGUAUGUAAUUGAUUCAACCAAUAAUGUAUGUAUGUCCUAGACCGGCCAGACAAUAUAAAACACACCUCAGCUACUGCUGAUUCCACAAUUAUAGGAGAGAAAAUAAGAGCCCAUAAAUACAGAUAACACACACAUUGUUUAAUCCUGUGUGUCAGCUACAACUACCAAUCCAGGAGGAGGCAAAAUAAAUAGGUAAAAAGCACGAGAAUUGAGUGGAGGACAGGUGUGUAGCUGUCAAUGUCACAAUAGAAAACAAAUUUGUUAAUAUUCCAGAGCUCAGUCCACAGCAUUUCAGCAUCUCUUUCAUUGGCAUUUGAGACAUUGCUGAUUUCAGGGCACCAAUUUUUACCACAGGCAAGAUGGUGAAAAGAUGUUUUUGUAUUUCCGUACUACUGUGCUAGUUUACCCCUUAGCGAUUGGUGAUGGUGCAAAAACAUCCUCUUUGUCCCGCUUUUACCCUGGAACUGUCCAGUCCUGAAACCAUGCUUGUUAUUUUAAUGAGAUAUUUGAAACAAGAUUCCCUCUGCUGUUAAUAGUUGCUUGGAAAGGUAGACACAGGUUUAACAUUAAAAUUUGACUAAAAUCGAGGACCUACUACAAAAAGACAGUAUAAAAGUACUUACAAUAUUAAAUUGAUAAUCAGCCCAUUUAAAUGACUCAUAACCCAGCAUUGCACAAGCAAGUGAAUCUUGUCUCCCUUGUGGUCAGCAUUGAAUAAACCAAGUAUACCGCCCUUUGCCCUGUGGCUGCAGCAUCUAAGUAGUCACUCCCACUCAAACAUGUCACUUUUAUUCAUGUUCAAUAUCAAAUGGUCGCUCCCCGAGCCUCUGGCACCAGCAGAUGCGGCGUCAUAACAACUCCCUUACAAAUAUGUUUGUGAUUUAUACCUUUAUUACAGCUCAAUCCUUGCCUAACCUACAAAGAUCUAUUCUAAAAAAUAUAAAAUGAAUGUUUUAUUUUAAAACACUUCCUGCAAAUCAUAGACCAUGUGUUAAAAUGGAUGCAGUCCUCUAGUUCCAACUGAUUUGUGAUUUGACUGGUACGCUGACAGUUUUUGCAACUAAAUGUUCACAGAGCUUCUUCACCUGCAUCCAGGAAUGCACCAUCAGUCCACGGUGUUCAUUCAGGUGUACCAGGCUGUUUCAUCUAUUUCCCUCUAAUUGGGAACAUAAUUUGCAAAACUGACAUCAUGUGCUAUUAGGGAAAUUAGUAAAUGAGACCAUUAACUGCCACAGAAAAUGUUAACUGAUAUUAUAAAUCAAGUGAGAAGUAAACUCAUUUGCCCAUAGACUUCCGUUUGUGUUCUUUUUGCAACCAGUGCAGUCUCCCCCUGGUGGCUAACUUUCUGGACUUUACUUUUCAAACCGACUAUGUACCCUUUCAGUCAAUAAUAUGAAUGUGUAGAAUACUCAGUUUCCUGCUGAAAAUCCCUGCUUAAUGUUACACUCUGGAGCUUCAAUUUCAAAUGAACGUGUUACACACGUGUGUUGACAUCAGGUCAGAUUACUGAGAGAGAAACUGUUCAUACUUUUUACGGAGAAGCAAAAUAGAAAUCAAUCACUGGCCUCUAUUGACCAGAGGACAGAAAUGUCAUCAGUGACCUUCAUUCAAACACUAGGUGGCGCAAUGGCAAAGAUGUUUACUGCUGUCCUUGGUGCUGAACACAUUCAUUUCACUGUAGCUGUGCAGUGCACUUGCUGUGCGUUAUAUACGUCUCUCAGGUUAACUUGAAGAAUGAAGAUAAACUGUAAAUCGUUGAGGACAACAGGCGUGUCCAGCUGCAUCAUUACAAUGUCCUUCAUUUAUACUGAAAUACAAUUUAAUGGCAAAUGCCUGACACCAUAAAGUUACACACACAUAUGAUGAAUCACGUCCGUUGUUUCACCAUGGGUGCAUAACAGUCAUUAUUUUCCACUCAACAUUUCCUGAGACCUUCACGUCACUAGAUUUAUGAGAUAAUGGCAAUCGCAUCAAUGAACUAAGGAGACACAUCUUGCACAAAAUGUUCCACUGGUGUGAUUUUUUUUAAAAUUUAUUUGUGACACUAGAUUCUCUCUUUUCAUUCGAGCUCUGAUCGCAUGUAUCAACAUUUGCCAAGUGUACAUGUAGUCAAAUGUGGUGAAUACUGUAGAAAAGGCGACGGUUGCGUGGGUGAAUAGCGGUGGUGGGGUCUUCAUGUUCACGUUUCGAGUUGAGAGAAAGAGAGAGAGAGAGAAAGAGAGAGAGAGAGGAAGAGAGAGAGAAAGAGAGAGAGAGAGAGAGCAGCAAGGGAGGGAGAGAGACUCAAACGCUACAGGCGAGGACCACGCGUUACAGAAGACGGACGGAGGCGCGCGACAUGUCUCAAAGAUCCAGGUGUGCGUGGACAUGCCUCAGGUGUCAUGCUCACAGAUCAUGGUCGCUGGGAUAAGCGUGGCUGCACUGACAGACAGCAGAUAGUAUGCCAGCACAGUUGGCACGGCUCACGCGAUGUGGCACAACAUGGCACGCGUAAAGAUGGGUCUCUUUGCUCUCCUGUGUCUCCCCACGUUUUUCCUCCGCGUCCUCGUGUUUACCCACAGCAGCAGCAGCAGCAUCAAUGAGCGGUCGGUGAUCCCUCGCGCCGUGUCACGCUCUGUGGCUCGGAUGGACGGAGACGUGAUCAUCGGCGCGCUUUUCUCUGUCCACCACCAGCCGUCUGCGGAGAAAGUGGCCGAGCGGAAGUGCGGGGACGUCCGCGAGCAGUAUGGCAUCCAAAGGGUCGAGGCCAUGUUCCACACGCUGGACCGGAUCAACACCGACCCGUACCUGCUUCCCAACAUAAGCCUGGGCUGUGAGAUCCGGGACUCGUGCUGGCACUCCUCUGUGGCUCUGGAGCAGAGCAUCGAGUUCAUCCGGGACUCCCUCAUUUCCAUCCGCGACGACAAGGACGGGUCCAAAUGGUGCAUUGACGGCACGCCGUCCAACCAGCCUCCACCCACCAAGAAACCCAUCGCCGGAGUGAUCGGGCCAGGAUCCAGCUCUGUGGCCAUUCAGGUGCAGAAUCUGCUGCAGCUCUUCAACAUCCCGCAGAUCGCGUACUCUGCCACGAGCAUCGAUCUGAGUGACAAGACCCUGUUCAAGUACUUCCUGAGGGUCGUGCCCUCAGACACGCUCCAGGCCCGGGCCAUGCUCGACAUUGUCCAGCGAUACAACUGGACCUACGUGUCUGCUGUGCACACUGAGGGGAACUAUGGGGAGAGCGGCAUGGAGGCCUUCAAGGAGCUGGCCUCUCAGGAAGGCUUAUGUAUCGCCCACUCAGACAAGAUCUACAGUAACGCAGGGGAGAAGCACUUCGAUCGUCUUUUGAGGAAACUUCGGGAACGGUUGCCCAAAGCUCGUGUGGUGGUGUGUUUCUGCGAAGGCAUGACUGUCCGAGGUCUCCUGAUGGCCAUGAGGCGACUGGGAGUGUUUGGAGAAUUCCUCCUGGUGGGCAGUGAUGGAUGGGCAGACCGCUACGAGGUAGUGGAGGGUUAUGAGCAGGAAGCAGAGGGCGGAAUCACCAUGAAGCUGCAGUCUGAGGUUGUAAGGUCCUUUGAUGAAUACUACCUGAAGCUGCGCCUGGACACCAACACCCGGAAUCCCUGGUUUGCCGAGUUCUGGCAGUACCGCUUCCAGUGCCGCCUGCCGGGUCAUCCACAGGAGAACAAGAACUACAAGAAAGUCUGCUCUGGAAAUGAAAGUCUGCAUGAUAACUAUGUUCAGGACAGUAAGAUGGGCUUUGUCAUCAAUGCCAUAUAUGCCAUGGCUCAUGGCCUCCAUGAUAUGCACCAGGAGUUGUGCCCACGAACGCCAGGACUCUGUGAGGCCAUGGACCCCAUCGAUGGCAGCAAGCUGCUGGACUACCUCUUAAAGACGACCUUCAGAGGAGUCUCAGGGGAGGAGAUUUAUUUUGAUCAAAAUGGAGACACCCCGGGAAGGUAUGACAUCAUGAACCUCCAGAGCGUGGAAGACAGUCGCUAUGACUACAUAAAUUUGGGCUCCUGGCACGAGGGCGUCUUGAGCAUUGACGACAACAAGCUGUGGUUGAACAGCAGCGACGUGGUCCACUCUGUGUGCAGUGAUCCCUGCUCUAAAGGACAGAUCAAAGUGAUCAGGAAGGGCGAGGUGAGCUGCUGCUGGAUCUGCACCACGUGCAAAGACAACGAGAUUGUCCAGGAUGAGUUUACGUGCAAGGCAUGCGAUCUGGGAUGGUGGCCCGAUGACGAAUUGGCAGGCUGUCAGCCGCUGCCUCUGAAGGUCCUCGACUGGGCAGAUGUGGAAUCCAUCGUUGCUGUGGUUUUCUCCUGUGUGGGCAUCCUGAUCACCUCCUUUGUCACCUUUGUGUUCAUCCAGUACCGCGAUACUCCCGUGGUGAAGUCCUCCAGCAGGGAACUCUGUUAUAUCAUCUUGGCAGGCAUCUUCCUCGGUUACAUCUGUCCCUUCACAUUAAUCGCUCGUCCCACGGUGCCCUCUUGCUACUUACAGCGGCUUCUGGUGGGUCUUUCGUCUGCCAUGUGCUAUUCUGCCCUUGUAACCAAAACCAACCGCAUUGCCCGCAUUCUGGCUGGCAGCAAGAAGAAGAUCUGCACCAGAAAGCCCCGAUUCAUGAGCGCCUGGGCCCAGGUGAUCAUUGCCUUCAUGCUCAUCAGUGUGCAGCUGACACUGGAGAUUACACUCAUCAUUCUGGAGCCUCCAGAGCCCAUCAAGUCAUAUCCAAGCAUUCGUGAGGUCUACCUCAUAUGUAAUACCAGCAACGUAGGCAUGGUGGCGCCACUGGGCUACAACGGCCUGCUGAUCAUGAGCUGCACCUAUUAUGCCUUCAAGACACGGAACGUCCCAGCCAAUUUUAAUGAGGCUAAAUACAUUGCCUUUACGAUGUACACUACCUGCAUCAUCUGGUUGGCCUUUGUGCCGAUCUAUUUCGGCUCCAACUACAAGAUCAUCACCACGUCCUUCUCUGUCAGUCUGAGUGUAACAGUGGCCCUCGGGUGCAUGUUCACCCCCAAGAUGUAUAUUAUCAUCGCCAAACCAGAGAGGAACGUCCGAAGCGCCUUCACGACCUCCGAUGUGGUGCGAAUGCACGUCGGAGAUGGCAAGUCUGCUCAGUGUGGAACUAACAGCUUCCUCAACAUGUUCCGGCGGAAGAAGCCUGCUCCCGGAAAUGCUAAUUCUAAUGGCAAGUCUGUGUCAUGGUCUGAAUCAGGUGCAAGACACCCUCCGAGGGGGGGGAAUGUGUGGCACAGACUGUCUGUGCAUGUGAGGAAACAGGAAGCCGGCUUGAAUCAGACGGCAGUCAUCAGGCCCCUAACUAACACCCCCGACCCCCACAGUUGCAAGCCCCCCGCCUGUGACCUUGGCACAGACCAGCAUAUCCCUCAAGCACAGCCGGGUGCUAAAUCUCUGUACAACCAGGUGGAGGAAGACGAUGAGAGCGACGUGCAGCGCCCCCUCUGGAAUCCCACUUGCUCUGGACAGACGCAGAGGCUGACGCCCGAGUUAAAUAAGCCGGAUUCUCAUUUACCCCCUCGCUUGAUGAGCCGCACUGCAGAGCACUUGCAGGGGGCUGUGGUGGACACACACAGCUCCCACGUCCCCGCACUGAAUGAUCACGCACAAUGCUCGAAGGCAGUGCCCGCCGACGAGCCUUUGAGCUUGACACCCUCUGCGCUUCCACGUGCGGGAGCAUUUGAAGAGCAAGGGUCUGAGGACGAGGAACUGGACCUCUUACACAGCUACAUUUAUAACGCCAAGGAGGAGGGGGAGGAGGGGGAGAUGCAGGAUGUAACUCAGAACAAGUCAACUCUGGAGGAUUCCCUGGCCCUCUCUCCCCCCUCCCCUUUCAGGGACUCUAUUUGUUCGGGGGAGUCUGUCAGUGGCUCCCCUGCCGUGGAAUCCAUGCUCGGGAGUCCUCCGAGCUCAGUCUACACCUCAAACAUGUUCCAAGACUUCGCACACAGCUCCUCGACACUGUGAGAGCAAAACAGGCACUGACACGGUGGCUGUCAGCACAAUUGUUCAUCACACGUUGUGACAUUGCAUUUGCACAAACAGCUACACAACCACACGAGAACACACAAUAUUUACCUUUCAAGACAUUCUUCUUCUUCUUUUCUUUUUUGCUCCAUCAUUCGCUUGCUCGUAUUUAUUACUCUGCUUUUUAUGAGUUAGGGGCCGAUGCCAAAUUGUAAGUAGGAAUCAUCCAUGAGUGCUCACAUUUGUAGAAGGGCUGACACAAAGCCUUUCUGAGAACAGAGUGCCAAAACUGAUAAGCUUUUGUGCCAAAAUCUUCUACCAAUAACACAACAUUGAGAAGUAAGGGAUGUAGCUGUGGUUUUCAUGGAACAAUUGACUGGUCUGCAACAAGAAAUGUAAAGAAAAGUCCAGUCUUGUGCACAUUAUGUGCAUUUUAAGAUGCCGCCGGACACCAAACUCUUAAAACCACAGUCACUCAAGUGCAUUUUCAUGCCAGUUCUGAUUAGCUCUGCUCCUCUCUGCCAACUCUUUUUUUCUCAUCAGUGUGUUUCACCUCAGCUUUCUCUCGUCAGACCUCACUGCUGUUUGAAUAGAACACAGAUAGAUUAACAAGUGCAGUAAAGUUAAAUAUUACUUUUAUGUGUUGCAAAGUGUGCUCAACAACACAAAGAUACGAUCGCGUGAACCGAGAGUCCGCUGAAGGCUCGCGCUGUACGAUAUGUGACAAUGUGCCAAUCGAAAAAAACAACAAAAAAAACAACAAAAAAAAGAAAAAAGAUCAACCUACAUCCCUUCUUUGAAUUUCUACGAUGUAGCUGAUACAGGUUCGUGUGAUUGUAGAUGAUGGCUAUGUCGUUUAUUCCGUUUACACUCAGUCAUGACCCUGAGAACAAGUUUUAUGAGCAUGGGAUGUGAUAAAAGUGAGUUUGCUGUGUCAUUGUAAUGAAAAAACACAGUACUUGUACAAGGUCUCAAAGUUUGUAAUACUGUUAAGCCAUCUCUUGUUUUUCACACAGGUGGUAUGUUUGUAAUACUGAUAAAUGUUUCUAUAUUUAGAAUGUCAACUGAAAAAAAAAAAGAGAAAAAGUUUAUACAUUUUGAAAAACUGUCCUCAUAUUCUUGUUCAGGAGCAGUGUGUUUGGUUUUUGGGUAACUUUUAGGCUAACUUGAGUCGACUGUAUCCUCUUGAUAAUAUUCAGUUGUUAAAGUAACAGAUGAUUAGAUGCUUCUAGUAGUGACAUGAUACAUGUUUGGAUUUUCUUUUGCUUAAAUCUUGCAUUAUAAACUUCAGUAGUUACUUCAGGUUAAGUUUCUUAGUUCUUUACCUAUAAGAAUGCAAAUUAUUACCGAGUACGAGACUAUACAGUGCGUAGUGCAAUUGUAUUGUAUUUCCAAAUGUUUUAGUCCAUUAUAGUGUAAGUUGUUAACUGAUUUUAACCGAUGUAAAAUAUACGAGAGAGCCAGCUGCUUAAACACUGUCAGAUCUAGAAUGAAAUAGGCCUUUUAUGUUUUGGGUAAGCUGAACAAUGCUGUAAAAUAAAAACAAGUAUUUAUA